CUCCCUCAGGCGCUGCGGAGGCGCGAGGGCGCGCGCGCAGGCGCGUUCCCGCCGCUCUCGCUCCCGCUUCCGCAGCCGCUCGCUCCGCACGGCGACCGGCGGGGAGUGCGCGCUCCCGGCGCGGUGCCCCUAUCUCCGCCGCUGCCGAGGGCGUCCCCGCACAGGAGGAUUCGGUGAGCGCCUCCGCCGCCGGCAAGCUGUUGCUUCCACCGUCCCCUGAGCCGUCCCUUCGCCGGGAGUCCCGUCCUGAGUACUAACAGAAUGAAGAGAGGAGUACUACUGCAGGCACAGUACCCCUACUAGAAACUGGAACACAGAGGAGAGUUGCUUUGCGUGAAUGAUGCUCAGAGAUACUAUGAAGUCCUGGAGUGACAGCCAGUCAGACCUCUACAGCAGUGACCAAGAAGAGGAAGAACAGAUGAUUUUUGGAGAAAAUGAAGAUGAUUUGGAAGAGAUGAUGGAUUUAAGUGACUUGCCUACCUCACUCUUUGCUUGCAGUGUUCAUGAAGCUGUGUUUGAGGUACAGGAAGAAAAGGAAAGAUUUGAAGCACUUUUCACAGUCUACGAUAAUCAAGUUACAUUCCAGCUGUUUAAAAGCUUCAGAAGAGUAAGGAUAAACUUCAGCAAUCCAGAGGCAGCAGCAAGAGCACGGAUAGAACUGCAUGAAACAGACUUCAGCGGAAAAAAGCUGAAGCUGUACUUUGCACAGGUACAGGUAUCCAGUGAAAUAGGUGACAAGUCCUACCUCCUUCCUCCACAACCUGUUAAACAGUUCCUGAUCUCACCACCUGCAUCUCCACCAGUUGGGUGGAAACAGAGUGAAGAUGCAACUCCCCUGAUAAAUUAUGACUUGCUUUGUGCUGUCUCCAAGUUGGGACCAGGGGAAAAGUAUGAGCUUCACGCAGGAACAGAAUCAACUCCUAGUGUAGUUGUCCAUGUCUGUGAAAGUGAGACAGAAGAGGAAGAUGAAAUAAAAAAUCCCAAACAGAAGAUCAUGCAGACAAGGCGUCCAGAACCACCUGCAACAAUACUGAAUGAAUCUAAGGCAUUUGAUUGUACGCUGGAGGUAGGGGGUACUAUGCACUGUUAAAUUGUGUGAUGCUCAAGAUGGUAUCAAAAAUCAGACACUUAAUGAGUACGUGUGUUGAUGUCUGUACUGCUGCUAUAUGUUAUGUAUAGCGACAACAGAUUUUACUUGUAGUUGUCUCUCAUGUUCAAGAUUCUGGAUGCCAAUGCUCUGAAAAGCACUUUAAUUUUAGGGACUAGUCCCCCAAGUGUAGCAAAUCCACCUGACUUGAAAUAGUGAAAAAUAGGAAGUCUGGUUGUGGUUUUGUUUUGGUUUGAUCUUUUUUUUAAGAUGUUACCCUUUCCUUUAUAUUGUACAGUGUGAUGUACCGAGUGCUGAAAUAAUAUCUUUCUUACUGUCACGAUUGGAUUUGAGAAGGUUUGUUGUAUAGCAAUUAAAAGCCGACCUGUACUGGUACAACAGCUUCCAGUUAAUAUAGCGUUAAAUGCAAGUGAAACGUACUCUUUAUGCUAAAAUUCCUCCCAGCUAGUAAUCUUCUGAGGUGAAGAUUAAUCUUUGCUUUUCUCAGAAAUGCCAAGUAUGUGUUUUUAAUUUGACAUGAGGCACAAAUACACGUAUGGAACUAAAUUCAAGUAGUUUUGCUAACUACACAAAGACUAGAGGAGGAAGAACCACAGACGGCUGAGCAGACAGACUCCGAGUCUGUCGCGAACGCUGCUGCUGCUGUGUGUGACAGUACACGGAUAGGUACGAUGGUUUGCACUGACAUGUAGUGAGGAGAGAAUUACAAUGUGUAAAGUAAAAUAUGGAUUCAGCUAUUGAAUGUGUUGUCUCUGAUCCUCUCUGAAAAUGUGGUAACGUUUGUUCCUCUGUAGUCCUAGCAAUGGCCUCCAUUUAAAAAUAAAUUCAGUGACUGUUACGUUAUGACUAAGUUAUGUUAGGAGAUAAAACAUCUAGGGUUAAUUUUUGACUUGUGAUCCUAAACUUCUCCAGUCUGUUUCAUAUUUUUAAGACACUCAGUUGCCUGGCUUAGCCAGUUUUUAUGCAGAUUCAGCCCUUGUUUGCUGUUUUUCAUCAAGACUUUUUCUGUGUGGCAUCCGGUCUGUCUGAUAGAGCAUCUGCUACUUUUGAGACCAGGAUGCAUCUUUCAAAAUACAGAUCUUUAAUUUUGUGAUCUUGUGUUAAUUGUUUUAGUAGAAGGAAAAUAUGCCUCGGUAUAAUGACACAUGCUCCUAUGCUUUUAUGCUAUUUUAUAACCAACUUUUUUUAGUCUAGACAGAUUCUUCUUUUUUCUAUUUAAAGGAAUAAAAUUAUUUGUGAACAAACCAGGCUGCUGAUGUUCAUAUAUAUGAAUCAUUCAGACAUUGGCCUUUUUCAAAUUCAUUUUAGUGUGUUUCAGUUCUACAUGAUGUGCUUACUUAAUUUUCUAAAGUGUUUUCACUUGAUUGACAGCAGAGAGAAAAAAGUAAUGGUCAUGAAUUUGCAUGGGCAUGAUAGUUUUCGACUCCAUAUUGUGCCAGCUCAAGAUCCCUUCCUGCCACCAGCUUCAACUUGCAAAAUGGGAUCCUGCAGGCAGGUCCUUGUUCCAGAGGCAGGAGUAGUAUGUAUUACAACGGUAGGAAAAUGGGUUUUGCUCAUCUUGCCUCCACAGGCGUGAUAUUUAUGUAUCUCUUCAGGUAUUAAAAUCACUCAAAGUCCGACUUCUCUGUCUCACUGUUCCAUGUUAUUUAACAAAAAAAAAAAAAAAAAAGCCAACAAAAACUUGUGUUGUUCAUCAGGCUUGUGUAUUUUUAAAAUUCCACAAGUCCAUUUUGAAUUUUCUGUGGUGUUUAUAUUUUGUUAAUUGUUUGAUUUCUACCCCAUUGUAGAAGUUGCUGUAAGUAGGAAUAAGUGGAAAACCUUCAGAAACAGUUUUAUAAGGCAAAUCAAGCAAGUAAUGAUGUCAAUGUAUUUUGUGUAAAAUGUAUAACAACUUGCAUUCCAACAUCUUUCAUUGUGUAAAGACACUUAAAAUAAAAACAAUGCAGUGCCAUUCA